AUGGGCUGGACCUACAACACUCCCGAUGAUAUCGCCAACGAGGGGCCGCAAAUUACCGCAAUCGCAAUCGUGUUCACAGCAGUGUCACUGUUGGUUCUGACCCUUCGUUUCUAUGUGCGCGGAUGCAUAACCAAAGCCAUUGGAGCCGAUGACUGGAUACUAGUUGUGACUUGGAUAGCAUCUUGUGGCUUCGCUGUCGUAACAAUCAUCCAAACCAAAUGGGGACUCGGACUCAAGCAUUUGAAGGAUAUGCCCGAUGAAAAUCUCUUCAACUUUGGACUUAUACAGUACAUGGGUGCACCAUUCUACAUCACCAGUAUACUGGGCUUCAAACUUAGUCUGCUGUUGACCUAUCUACGUAUCAUGCCAAAGGGCGCGUCGCGCAACGCUACCAUCACCGUAAUAGUCGCAUGCAUACUCUUUCACCUCUGCUUCCUGGUCGUGCAAACGAACCUCUGCCAGCCGGCUGCGAAACAAUGGGACCCUUCCAUCACCUGGGGCCAGUGCCUGCCAGCCGUGCCCUUCUACACCAGCAUGGCAUCUUUGACCAUCGUCUUCGACAUAGUAGUCAUGUUCCUACCCUUCCCCGUCCUCCUCAAGAGCCACAUCCAAAAGCGCAAGAAAGUCGCCCUGCUGUGCCUCCUGGCCCUAGGCACGUUCAUCACGAUCAUCCAGGUCCUACGCAUCCGAACUGUCCGAAACCUCGCCAACUAUCUCGACUCUAGCAGUCUCAUUAUGUGGUCGACUGUUGAGAACAACUUGGGUAUCAUCGUCGCGUCGGUACCGACACUGGCACCCCUCUUCAAGUCAUUCGUUGAGAAGACACAAAAGAGCUCAUAUGGGAACUCGGCAACAAGAUCAAAAUCUUUGUACGCCCUAAGGUCGAGACGCAGUACCAGGCAAGGUUCUAUCCCACUUGGGAGCGGUGUCCAUCAAGCGACGCAUGUGUCUGGGCCUUUUGAGAGAGAAAGCGAGGAAUUCAUAAUGAGCGAUGUCGCUGCUAUAACAAAGAGAACCGAGGUGACUGUUUCUUCUCGUGUUCGGGAAGAUUUGAGCGGGCCAAAUAAUUAG